AGAGAUGGCGAGCUGGGUCUCCCUCCUCCUCCUCCUCCUCUUCUGUAAAUCAGUCUCAAGAGCCCAGGAGGACAGCAACAACAUCCCCAUCCUGGAGUACAUCUCUGAGACCCCCAUCAACAAUGUGGUCCAGGACCCCCAGACCGGUCGCAUUUACCUGGGAGCCGUCAACACCAUCUACCAGCUGGGGCCGGCGCUUGGCCUGCAGGCUCGCGCGGUGACGGGGCCCAAAGAGGACGCUCGGACCUGUACGCCUCCCGCUUCUGCAUGCCAGGACACAAAGCCAAUGCCCAACCUCAACAAGCUCCUGCUGGUCCAUCCAUCCAAAGGCUCCCUCGUAGUCUGCGGGAGUCGCUAUCGAGGCAUCUGCUCUCUCAUGAACCUGACCAACGUGGAGCAGCAGCUGUAUUACAGCGACAGCAAAGGAGAGAGGACUUACGUUGCCAGCAUAGAGGAUUACGUCAACGUGGUGGGCGUCAUGUCCAGCUACUCGAAAGACGACAACACCUUCAGUGUGUUUCUUGUCGGGAAGGGCUACGGAAGCCUGGACAGCACAAAACUCAUUAGCACAAGGAUCCUUCAGGACUUCAGCGACUACGAUCGAGACUGGGUCGUAUUUGAAAGCAUCAUUGAGGCAUCCACGGUACAGACGACGCCAUUUGUUCCCAAGUACCUUCACGACUUCCGCCUUGCCUUCAAAGAGGACGGUUUUGUUUACUUCCUCUUUUCGCGGACACUUGACGGUACAGACACUAAAAACCUCACCUUUAUAUCUCGUCUCUGCGAGGACGACUACCAUUACUAUUCGCACACAGAGCUUCAGUUAAACUGCGGGAAAAAUAACAGAUACAACAAAGUCCAGGCUGCGUACGUGGCUUCUCCAGGGAAAGAGCUCGCGCGGGUCAUGACUGAAGCAGGCAUGUAUGGGAAAGUCGUCCCCUGGAGCAAAGUCCUGUUCAUGGUGGCAAGUCCAGACGACGACGAGAACAACUCUGCCCUCUGCAUGUAUCCUCUCAACUCCAUCAAUGAGCAGCUGUCGGACAUCAUCAGCGCCUGCUACAGCGACUCGGGGAAGAUCUCCGGCUUUCCCGCUGUGGACAUCCCCUACUCAUCCAAAAAUGAAGAAUUCUGCACAUCAAAAAUUGCGAAGGAUACAUUGGAACAAUUCAAAUGUGGCGCAGACUUCCUGCCUUCCCCCUUGGCCAGCAAACCGAGAUUUGCCUUAAAGGUAAAUGAAGUGUUGACCAGGCGGGGCCUUCUGACUGCCGUGGCCGUCGCCGUGGAGAACGAUCACACCGUAGCAUUCCUGGGGAACAGCCAGGGGGAAGUCUUUAAGGUACACCUGGCUGAGGAGCCGUAUGUGUACAGCAAGGCUCCUGGCGACACCUUGGGGGAGAAGGUCAACAAGAACCUUUUCUUUGACCUCAGUCAGAGCCACCUCUACAUUACCACAGAGAAAAGGAUCACCAAGGUGCCCGUGCAGACGUGCCUCCAAAAGAAAGACUGCCAAUCAUGUGUGAAACUGAGGGACCCUUACUGUGGCUGGUGUGUCCUGGAGGGCAGGUGUACCAGGAGGUCUGAGUGCCGCCGGGCAGAAGAGAAGAAUGGUUGGCUGUGGAGCCCCAAGCAGCAGUGUGUCAAGAUUGUCUCCUUCUAUCCCCCGAACCUUUCCUGUAAAAAGACUCAGAAGGUUAAGAUCAACAUCCCGUCCCUCCCUGCAAUCGGACUUUCUGACCACCUGCACUGCACCGUGGAGUCUUUCCGGAGUGAUGGCGUGAUGUCCGACUCUGGCCAAGUCUCCUGCGAUCUGCCCAGCCCUUCAAGCAUACCACAAACAACUGAGGACCAAGACUUUGUGGCCGUUGCGGUCAAGAUUUUCGUCAACGAGACUGUGGAGCUGGCAACGCGGGAGUUCAAGUUCUAUAACUGUGCCGCCACAGUGAGGAAAUCUGAAAACACGCCGUGCAUGUCAUGUGUGGCCAGUUUGUGGGGCUGUCAGUGGAAUACACAAGACCACACCUGCAGCGACAUGGACGACAGUGUGUCGGGCCCCAACAUCAUCAACCACCGCCAGGGAGCCAAGUGUCCUCAGUUUGAGAAUCCAGAUCCUGUGCUGAUCCCCGUGGGCUACAAGACUCGUAUCAGCUUCGAGGGGAUCAAUUUGGACCACUACCCGGGUCGUCUUUUCACAAUCGGCACUGAGCUGAUGAAAACUGUGGAAGAAGAAGUCAUAUUUGAGGAAGGGCCGUUCUACACCUUCGGAGGCUUCAGUUUUUCCUACGACAAGUCACCAGAGACCAAUGUCCUCUUCUACGUGAAGGACAAGGAGUCGGGAAAGAAGAUGGACAGCACGCUGAAUGUCACUCUCUAUAAUUGCUCCAUGGGGAGGGAGGACUGUAGUCUCUGCAAGAACGCUGACCCAAAGUUUCGGUGUGUAUGGUGUGCCAAGCAGAAGGCGUGUGUGUACGAGAAGUUGUGCAAGCAAGUGUCCGAGGAUCCUUACAACACCGAGUGCCCUGACCCCCUGAUCACUGAUAUCAUCCCUCGUUAUGGCCCACUGCAGGGAGGAAUCUCAAUCACCAUCCGGGGCUCAAACCUCGGCAUCCACAAAUCAGACAUCAAAAGCAUCAACGUGGUCGGGGCGCCGUGUGCCCAUCAGGAGGAGAAGUACGCCGUCUCCACAAGCGUGGUGUGUGUGAUCGGUUCUGUUCAGGACAUGACAAAUAACUGGGGCCAGGUGGAAGUCGAAGUGAAGGGGGGGAAGAAAGGAACCUCCUCCAUGUACUUCACCUACAGGGACCCGAUUCCUGCAGAAGUGAAACCCUCCAGAGGUCCUAAAGCUGGGGGCACCCUUAUUACAAUUGAAGGACUUUUUCUGGACACUGGCAGUAAAGAAGACGUCCGGGUCACCGUGGGGACUGUGGACUGCACUGUGGAGCACUUCGGAGAGCAGAUCACCUGCAGGACAGGAGAGUACCUAGAGAAGAUGCCCUCCGAACGUCUCACCGUCACAGUGAUGUAUGGAACGAGGACCACAAAAACCAUCAGAGACGCCUUCGAAUUCUUGGAAAAUCCCAUCGUGCAGGACCACCAUCCCAAAGGGAGCUUUGUCUGCGGAGGGAGGAACAUUGUGGUGACCGGCUCCAGCUUUGACCUGAUCCAGACUGCUGUCUUAAAGGUCGAAAGAGACAACUCAACAUCAUUUGAGGAGGCUCAUGAGAAGAAUGACACAGUCAUCCAGUUUCGGUCUCCGACAGUGAACGACUCCCUGAUCCAGCCAUAUAAAACCUACGUCCAGCUUGACAACUGGGUGAAGGAGCUGAAGCCUUUCGACUACCACCCUGACCCCUGCUUUGAUAAGCUGCAAAAGAAAGUCAUCACCGAGGCCAGCAUCAUCAUCGUCACUGGUCGGGGAUUCUCCAAAGCUAUGACGGCCAAAGAGGCUCAAGCGUUUGUUGGCGACGUUCCCUGUCUGGUCAACACGCUUCAGGACGACAAGUUAUUUCUGGACCCGCCUUCCACCCCGCCCAGCGCUCGCUCCAGACUCCAGCGCAGAGACACCCGGCCCAGGCUGCUGGACUUAACGAUCAAGUUUGGGAAUAGGGAGUGGUUGGUCGACUCGGUGCAGUAUGAGAAGAAGAAUGAUUUGUCGCUCUACAUCAUCGUCCCCGCUGUCAUUGUGCCCAUGCUGCUCAUCAUCGCCAUCUCUGUCUACUGCUACAGGAGAAAGAGUCAACAGGCUGAGCGUGAAUAUGAGAAAGUGAAACACCAGCUGGAGAAUCUGGAGGAGAGUGUGCGGGACCGCUGCAAGAAAGAAUUCACAGACUUGAUGAUCGAGAUGGAGGACCACACCAAUGAACUCAGUGAGGGAAGAAUCCCGUUCCUGGACUACAAAACCUACACAGACCGUGUCUUCUUCCUGCCCUCUAAGGACGGUGCCAAUGACGUGAUGAUCACAGGAAAGCUUGACAUCCCAGAGGCUCGCCGUGCCAUAGUGACUCAAGCACUCAACCAGUUCUCCAACCUCCUGAACUCCAAGACCUUCCUCAUCAAUUUCAUCCGCACCCUGGAGCGCAGUCAUGACUUCAACGCAAGGGCCAAGGUGUACUUUGCCUCCCUGCUGACAGUGGCUCUGCACGGGAAGCUUGAAUACUACACCGACAUUAUGAGAACACUGCUGCUGGAGCUGAUGGAGGAAUAUGUCCACAGCAAGAACCCUAAACUCAUGCUGCGCAGAUCAGAGACGGUGGUAGAAAGGAUGCUGUGUAACUGGAUGUCAAUCUGCCUCUACCAGUUUCUGAAGGACUCUGCAGGCGAGCCCUUGUACAAACUGUUCCGAGCCAUCAAGCACCAGAUCGAGAAAGGGCCUGUGGACGCCAGAGUGAAGAAAGCCAAGUACACCCUCAACGACACAGGCUUGUUGGGUGACGAUGUCGAGUACUCCGUCCUGACCUUGCAAGUGCUGGUGCAGGGAGAGGGCCCAGACGUGACGCCCGUCAAGGUGCUGAACUGUGACACAAUCUCACAGGUGAAAGAGAAGAUCAUAGAGCAGGUGUACAGGAACCUGCCGUACUCCCAGAGACCAAAGGUCGACAGCGUCACGCUGGAGUGGCGCCCGGGCUCAACGGGGCAGAUUUUGUCAGAUCUGGACUUGACUUCCCAGAAAGAGGGCAGGUGGAAAUGCAUCAACACUUUGGCGCAUUACAAUGUGCGAGAUAACGCCACAUUAGUGCUGUCCAAAGUCUUUCAAACUCAGCAGAACUACUACCAGAAUCAGGAAAACCAUGAAGAACGAAAUGCUCUGUUGGAAGACGACAAGGUUUUUCAUUUGGUGAGGCCGGCAGACGAGCUGGAUGAGAUCAAAUCUAAAAGAGGGAGCAUAAAGGACAAGUCGAUGACCAAAGCCAUUACAGAGAUUUAUCUAACACGACUCCUUUCUGUAAAGGGAACACUGCAGCAGUUUGUGGAUGACUUCUUCCGCAGCGUGCUGUGCUCGGGGGCAGUGGUGCCACCGGCUGUCAAAUAUUUCUUUGACUUCCUGGAUGAGCAAGCGCUGAAACACAACAAUGUGGAUGAAGAGACCAUCCAUAUCUGGAAGACGAACAGCCUUCCUCUGCGAUUCUGGGUCAACAUCCUCAAGAAUCCCCACUUCACCUUCGAUGUUCACGUGUCUGAAGUGGUGGAUGCCUCGCUCUCUGUCAUCGCCCAGACCUUUAUGGACGCCUGCACCAAGAGCGAGCACAAACUCAGCCGGGACUCUCCGAGUAACAAACUUCUCUAUGCAAAGGAGAUCUCCACCUACAAGAAGAUGGUGGAUGAUUAUUACAAGGGCAUCAGGCAGAUGGUACCCGUCAGUGACCAGGACAUGAACACUCAUCUGGCAGAAGUGUCACGGUCGCACACAGACAAACUGAACACACAAGUGGCUCUCCAUCAGCUUUACCAGUACGCCAGCAAAUACUAUGAUGGGAUCAUCGCAUCCCUGGACGAGGAUCCAGCUGCCCAGAGUAAACAGCUGACCCUGCGGCUCCAGCAGAUAGCAGCAGCCCUGGAAAACAAAGUGACUGAUCUCUAACACACCGGCUGGAGGGAGGGAGGAUGGGGGGAGCGAGAGAAUGAUAGGAUACAGCCAGUGACUACAGGGGCUUAUUUCUUCUUUUAGAGAAUAAAGUGUGGAAAUAAGGAAAGGUGAGGAGGGACUCUUGUGGGCGUGAGUUUUCUGAACAGUGGGGUAACGGGGACUAAUGAAAUGCAGAAAGAGAGCGAAAAGGGGAAGAAAAUGAUGGGUUACGCUGUCAUAGGUACGCCUUAAAGCUCACUUGCCAAACCUUUAAAGGUCUGCACGCUCACUCAUGCUUCACUGAAUAUUGCUCUCACAAUGCAGUGCGUUAGAGACCUCUCUAAGAAUUAAGCCCUUCUGUGGAGCACUGGCACAGGAGAUAAUCAGAUGUUCAAUUUCUUUCUGUGUAGAAAAGGUUUUAAGAGUUGUAUUAUAUAUUUUUUUUAUCGUGCAGUCUUUAUGCGGAAAGCUUUAUAAGGAAAAAAAUUAUCUUUUUAAAUGGAUCACCUUGUGAUGCGGAUAGUGUUUUUAUUAGCCUGUGUGUGCGUAGCUGUCUGUGUGAAGUGCAACAUGUGAACAAGAGUGUGCGUUACUAAAACUUGAGUGCGUGUGUGAAUGUUUCAGAAUGUGUGUGCACACACAGGAUGCCUACUGUCAGGUGUGAUGGUGAAGGGACGCCUGCUUUCUGUCAUUUUAAUUCCCCACACUCAGUGACACACUGGAGCCGCGCUCUCGCCGAGCCUUUUGACAGAGACCAAAGGGUCCUCACAAGGACACCGGUUAAUCUAGCAAUGUACAGGCUCAUAUGCCUGACGGGUCCCCGGAGGGUUCAGAAAUGUUUGAGUUAAAUUCUUUGCUUUUGACUCGGAUUCGCUUCAAGCUGGACUGCCAUUUGUGCUUCGGGAAGUCGAUAAUAGCACAGUCUGUCUCCCUUUAUUGUACAGUGCCAUGAUACAUUCCACUUCAACUAAAGCACAGAAGGACAUUUCAAGGUUUUUAAUCAUUUCACAGCGAGUCUGUUUCCAGGUAAAUUUCCUCUCUUAUUAUUUGUGUCAGCAAGAAGCAAUUGUGUUGUGCCAUGGAGCCAUGUCACUCAUUUUAGCCCUGCAAUAAUGUCAGAACACCACGACAGUCUCAUUAGCUUACUAACUGCCUUCACAUACAGUAGCAGAUCAGCAAUAUGUUCAAGAGUUUUCCAAAUUAAUUAUUUGCAAUUUUAGUGUUCAUCAUUUCAGUGCCAUUGUUUUUCGUAUUACCCAUGUAAUGUUCCAAAUAAUCAUCAAGCAUUCUGCCUCUUAAGCUAUGAAAUAGCCUUUUGCUGAUGUAAAUACAAGCUGGAGAUGCAGUUGGUACUUAAAUAGUUUGUUCUGAACAACAUUUUUUCUUUGUCGUCGAGGUCAGGUUCAAUCAUGUACAUAAUUGUUAUUGAAAUAUUGAGUGUCAGUGUCAGAGCCGAGGUGUCCACAGGGUAGGAAUGAGGGUUUGAUAUUUCUCGGGCCAUUAAACGAACGCCACCAUGUUCCAUCCUAAAAUUGUAGGUUUAGCUGUUGACAGAUGAUUUAAUUGUAGUCCCUGUAUCUGAUCGUGGAUGUGUGUAGUUGACGGAGCGUAACGAGCUCCGGAGACCCCAGAAUGUUAACGAUCCCUGCCUUGGCUCCAGAGAGGGUUGCACAGACCUCGAUGCCUGCCUGCCUGCCUGUCUGCCUGCCGUCUCAGCGUGGCACCCUGGCAUCCCGACCAACAGCACUUGGCACUGCCCACUCAGCGCAGUGCAGAGUGGCACUCUGUAUAAUGGAAUCAGCAGGGGAGGCUUUUGAUCUUAAUUGCAUGCCGACUGCAGACUCUAUCCUUGUCUCCAGUGUUGUUUACUGCUGACUUCUCUCUCGCUAACAGAGUUGAUGCAAGACGCUUAUUUCAGAGCCUUUCUUUAACCAAAAAAGUGCCUUAUUGAAUAGGAUGAUACAUAUAUAUAUUGGUUCUAAAUUAUUCUAUCGGUAACUAGGUGAUUAUGAUGGCGAUAGUGCUAUAGACACAGCAAUGUAUUUGGACUUGUGAUAUUAUGUGUGCCGUCAUAAAUGCUAGAUGCCCUGCUGCAGCCAUUUGUGUGCCAAUAGGCUGAAGACAUUUCAGUAUGAUUUCUUUAAUGGUUGCAGUUUUAAUGUGUGCAUUUCCUUUUGGGCGUCUGUGGUGUGUGCUUAGUAGGACUUUGGUGGCUAAGGCAAAAAGGCCAAAAUGAAUAAAUGUAAAACAGUGGCUAACGUGAUUUGGGUUUCCCUUGAAAAUGUCUGGCAUUCCUAAAUUAGUCUGAAAUCAAAAGGGUGUCUUUAUGUAGACUGAAUAUAGCGCAACAUUGUUCCAACGUUGUUCUUUUUCUUGCCCUGUGUUUCUGCUAUUCAACAGUGUGUAUGAUAAAUGACUAUCUAUACUCGACAAAUGACCUUUCUUACUGCUGUGCAGUUAUUAUUUUUAUUUCUUGUUUUCCUAUACCAUAUGAAUCUUUGUAAAAGAUGUUGAAAUACUGUAUACUAACUGUAUAAUCCUAUGCAUUAAGUCCUGGGACAAAAAAAAGCAAAAGAGAAAAAAAACUGUUUGUGCAGUUGUCGAGACUUUUUUCCAUUUUGAAACUUGUGAAUGUGCUGUAACGAUUAAAGAAACUGGGACGCUCCAUUUUUUUCAGUCCAGGACCAUUAAUAAAAGCCAACCGUAUCCUCCCCAUCCUAGGCAGCUCAGAUGAUCCUCGAUCUUGUACCUGGUCUGGUUUUACUGGAUGAACUUAAUUUUACAAAGUUUUGUGUGGACGGAGCAGUUACCCACAGGUUUCAUCAUACACUCCUCCGUGAAUAAACUCAGAGACAUAUACGCCCUUCA